CGCGCAGCCUGAUGCCGAUUCACGCCUCACCCGCCACAGGCUGAGAGCUUAAUUUCGAACAAUCCCCAUCCCCGCGCAGGCUCGCCUGAUUCAGUGCCAUCGUCCUUCAGCACGUGUUUUAAGAGGGCGGGUUUCUUUUUGCUGUUUGGUCCUGCGCGAAAUUCUUACUUUCUAUCACCAUCCAAUCUCGACUGAAGACAAAAGUGCUGCGCACCUACUAGUCCUCCAACAUGGUGAUGCUACCAUCUUUGCUAAUGCUGCCCCUUGCGGCGGUUUCACUGGCCCAAUUCGUCCACAAUGAUCCUAAGUCACUCAACAUGACUGUUAUCAAGCCCCCAGGUGGCGACAAUGUGACCGUCUCCUACAAAGAGGCCAAGGGCGUUUGCAAGACAGCUCUGGACUCCCAGAAGCAAUACACCGGUUACGUCAAUGUCCCCGGCGAGUUUCCCACAAACCUCUUCUUCUGGUUUGUCGAAGCCCGUGAGCCAACAAAGGCGCUGUCCAUCUGGAUCAACGGUGGUCCUGGCUCCAGCUCCUUCUUGGGCUUCUUUGGCGGCAACGGGCCCUGCCAUAUCAUUGACAAGGGCAUGGACGGCUUCGAGACAGCCGCCGAAGAAUGGGGAUGGGACCGAAGCUCCAACAUGAUCUUUGUUGACCAGCCCAACCAAGUCGGCUUAUCGUAUGAUAUCCCCACCGACGGCACCUACAACGUGAUCAAUGAUACCUACACCUUCCCUGCAGCCAUCGCCAAUGAUACUAGUAGCCCGUGGUUUGGUGUCAAUGGCACCUUCAGCACCCAAAAGCAGAGCAACACGGCCAACAGCACCCAGAUUGCAGCGCACGCCAUGUGGCACCUGCUUCAGGGCUUCAUGGAGACAUUCCCACAGUACAGCCCGACUGAUGACUCUCACCUCGGCGUCAACCUCUUUGCAGAGAGCUAUGGCGGCCGCUACGGUCCCAUCUUUGCCGACUAUUUCGAGAAGCAAAACGACCGCCGCAAGACGGGUGAAAUCGACGCCAACUCGACGGUGGAAAUCAAGCUUGCUACGCUUGGCAUCGUCAACGGCUGCGUCGACCAGGGCAUCCAGAACCGGUACUACCCCAUUUUCGCCAACAAGAACACUUACGGCUUCAAAGCUAUUUCUGAUGAGGAAUUGAAGUACGAGCUGGACAUGUACGACAGCGACGGCGGCUGUGCCCAGGUGUCAAAGCAGUGCCAGGAACUCGCUGAGAAGAACGACCCGGAAGACAAGGGCCAGAAUGCCCAGGUCAACAAGUUUUGCAAUGACGCCGCAGAGACCUGCUGGAACUCGUCGUAUGCAUACUACUCUAUGAACAGAAGCUCCUACGACUUGGCCGCCCCUCUCCAGGAUCCUCGCCCACCUCUGCACUUCCUCGAGUACCUGAACAAGCGCGAGGUUCAGCAGGCUGUUGGAACGCCCAUCAACUACACCACCUUCUCCAGCAAUGCUGUCUACGAGGCCUUCACGAAGACUGGCGACUUGGCGCGCGCUGGCAACAUCAAGCGUUUGGCUGACCUUCUCAAGCGCGGCGUCCGCGUUGGAAUGAUGUACGGUGAUCGCGACUACAUUUGUAACUGGUUUGGUGGUGAGGCUAUUUCGCUCGCCGUCGCUGCCGAGGCUGGCGGUGACUAUGCAAAGAAGUUCCCCGCGGCCGGAUACUCCCCAAUCGUCGUCAACAAGGACUAUGUGGGUGGUGAAGUCCGCCAGUUUGGCAACUUCUCCUUCAGCCGCAUCUACCAGGCCGGCCACUCCAUCUACGCCUACCAGCCCGAGGCGUCGUUCCAGAUCUUCUCUCGUAUCUUCAUGGGCAAGUCCAUCUCUACCGGUAAAGACAUCGACUUGAAGACCUUUAGCAGUGACGGCCCGCUCAACUCCACCAAGACUGACAAGCUGCCUCCUAUGCCAAAGACUACUUGCUGGCUUCGCAACUUCUACUCCACCUGCAGCGAUGAACAGCAGAGUGGCUUCUUGAGUGGCAAAGGAGUAGUCAUCAAUGGCGCAUGGUACAGGUCCAAGGAGGAGUGGAGUGAUAACACGAAGCCUGACACGACGUCCAAGCCUGGCCCAUCGCCUACUCUCACCGGUGUCUUCACUGCUACCUCUACACCCAAGAAUGCAGCCGCUGGGUUUUCUGUCCCCAGCAUCGUUACGCUUACUGGUGUUGCUAUUGCUGCCAUGGUAAUUGUCUAGUUUGGUUUUCAGGAUUUCUAAAGUUGGAUAUUUUUAAGUGUACAAAAGCUUGCUCCCCGCCGGGAGCGCGUACAUGUAGUCUAUGUUGCAAGUCAUUUAUUUCUGUAGCCUAACUUGGUAUAACUAUCAAGGCAAGGGUAUCGUUAUUAUAUCUUUUAUCUUCAUCGUUCGUCUUUAGGUUCUCUUCGUAAUGACCGUUGGCUUUGGAUGGCCAGUUCGCUAUCCCCUUCUAGAUUGGAACUCUCCAAAACAUCGUCCUCCAUAUCAUCCAUGUCGUCAAUUGUCCUACUUGCCUGCGCAGAUCGCUCAAUACGGCGCAAAAUCGCUUGGUCAAGAUAGAAGUCUUCGUCGAAUUUGGCUCUCGUGAACGUCUGCAAUUAAAUGAUCAGUAAACAAUGUCACCAUAUCUUACGAAAGGGGAAAAUAGACAUACCUGUGCACAGCCUGUCUGCGGGCACUGGACCUGUCCGCGAAGCGGAAGAUACGAUAGUAGUGCCGACUUUUCAAAUGUGUGCUUGCAUUUGCGAUUGCUAUAUGGCAAUUCAAAGCGUCGUAGAGAUAAUGGACAGUUGAGGCUGAUGACUUCUCUGGCGACAGCAAUCUCGUCAUCGGAUCCAUCAGCUGCGUCAGGCAGGUCGUCGUGCAUGGCUACUCUAGCGAGGACGGGCUGGCCAUCUGGGCCAAACCAGCGAGAAGGGUCUGCUAGUGGAGGUCCAUCUUCGCCCUGCGUACCGUCGUGCCACAUCUUUUUGAAACCAGCAUAGUCAUUGUCGAGUGCAUACCGCUGAUACACCGCCAUGCUUUCAAACUCGGUGCGCUUGUCGGCUCGCAAUUUUCGGAACUCGUCUCGUUUGCUCGUAGCAGGCACGGUGGGAGUGGUAACCUCAUCUUCAUCGUCAUCUUCGGGUAAAACGCCAGCUUGCUGCCGCGAACUUCUAGUUCGCUGUGAGAUCUGCUCCGUAGCCUGCAACGAUGCAGCGCUGUAGAUAUCUUCAAGCGCUUUAUCCUGGUCUUCCAGUUCCGCCCUGCAAUCAAUCAGAUCGCGAAACGAGCUUUCUGUUUGCAUUGUAUAUUCGUUAAUCUCCGCGCUGAACUCCUCUAGGUGUGUUUCUAGCCGCUCCUCAUCGGCGGACUUUUCGGCUAUACCCUUUUCCUCUCGGCGUCGUUGCAGAUUUUCCAACCUCUCUCGUUGAAGCCGGAAUCGCUCGUGCAUGUCGCUUAUGCUAGUACCGAGUAAUGCCAUACUAUCUUUAAUACAGCCAGCAUAUGCUGUAGUGUCUCGGCUGUUGGGCAUGGUCCGUAGAGCACUACGUGCAGCAUCGUUAAGAUGGCAAGAUGGCGGUUCAUAGGCAGGAAAGUUGGCUGCUGUGGUCGAUCGUCCGGGAACAGGCGACGAAUCUGCGACCGAUGACUGCGCUCGACUGGUGUGCCUUCUCGACAUUGCGACGGAUUUGCGUGUGCUGGAGCGUAGAGCAAGAUGCUUGAGCUGUAGAGAUCACUGUGUGCCGCUCGUGCUAACUGUAGCGUCUUCACCAAACGUCGCAAGUGGGGGUGGGAGACGCGCCGUGCACGCGCCGUUACAGAGAGCCAUCGCUGAAGAGGGAACAGUGCACACUGUAUUUCGACACCCCGCUACCUACCAAUACAGCAUUUCACCACCUUAAAAGACAAUGU